UGGCCGCGCUCGGGUCCACAGCUCUAUGGGGAAAGCGGCCGCUCCGAGCCGAGGCAGCGGCUGCGCUGGCCGCUCCCGCGGGCUCUCAUCGCUGUUCACGGUUGUCCCCUGCCUGUCCUGCCACACGGCGGCGCCGGGCAUGAACUCGUCCACGUCAGGCUCAGGGCCGGAGCCCAAGCCUCAGCUCCAGCCUGUGCAGGCACCAGAGCGGGAGUUGCUAGCCGAACAGGUGUGCAAGCCAGUUUUUGAGCCGGUGCCGAGAUCCGAACCUGGGUCCCAGACGACGUCUGUGCCUAGGCCCUCAGGGGCUGGGCAGGAAUCUGAGCUACAGGGCUUGUGGCAGGGGUCAGAGGCGGGCCCAAGAGUAGGGGUUGGGCCCUUCACCAAAAUCACAUCGGAGCAGCUGUCUCUGGGGUCAACAGGAGGGAUCGUGCCCCUGGCAAAACCGGAGUACAGGUCGGGGCCAAAGCCUCAGCCCCUUCAGCGACCAGGACAAGCGAAGACUUCUGUGGGGACUCCAGUGCCAGGGACUGGAGCCCCGAUGGUCUCACCACCUCUGGACAGCUACAAGGGCUGGCUCCUCAAGUGGACUAACUACCUGAAGGGCUAUCAGCGCCGCUGGUUCGUGCUGGGCAAUGGCCUGCUGUCCUACUACAGAAACCAGGGUGAAAUGGCCCACACCUGCCGUGGAACCAUCAACCUGGCCUCCGCACACAUCGACACAGAGGACUCUUGUGGAAUCUUGCUGUGCAACGGGGCAAGGACCUACCACCUCAAGGCAGGCUCAGAGGUGGACCGGCAGCAAUGGAUCACCGUUCUAGAGCUGGCCAAGGCCAAGGCGAUCUGUGUGAUGAAAACUCAGUCAGAUGAUUCUGAAGACGACGACGAAGAGCCUGCUGCCCCAGCUGACAAGAGUGAACUCCACCACACCCUUAAGAACCUCUCAUUGAAGUUAGAUGACCUCAGCACAUGCAAUGACCUCAUUGCCAAGCACGGCGCUGCUCUCCAGCGCUCCCUGAACGAGCUGGACAGCCUCAAGAUCCCAUCAGAAAGUGGGGAGAAGCUAAAGGUUGUGAACGAGCGGGCCACUCUCUUCCGCAUCACGUCAAAUGCUAUGAUCAAUGCCUGCAAGGACUUCCUGGAAUUAGCAGAGACUCACAGCCGGAAAUGGCAGCGGGCUCUGAACUAUGAGCAGGAGCAGCGCGUCCACCUGGAAGAAACCAUUGAACAGCUGGCCAAACAGCACAACAGCCUUGAGAGGGCCUUCUGCAACACCCCCGGAGGGCCGGCCAACCCCAGCAAGAGCCUCAGCGAGGGAAGCUUCUUGACUUCCAGAGGGGAGAACAGUGAGGAAGAUGAAGAUACUGAGUACUUUGAUGCCAUGGAGGACUCUGCAUCUUUCAUCACCGUAAUCACCGAUCCCAAGGAAGACAGACGAGCCGAGGGAGGAUCUGGGCCAAGCUCUGUGGACUGGACCUCAGCAGACAAUGUGUUAGAUGGUGCCUCGUUUGCGCCCAAGGAUUCAUGCAAAGUCAAGAGGCGAGUCCGCAUCCCAGACAAGCCCAACUACAGCCUUAACCUCUGGAGCAUCAUGAAGAACUGCAUUGGCCGAGAGCUCUCCCGGAUCCCCAUGCCGGUGAACUUCAAUGAGCCCUUGUCCAUGCUCCAGCGACUUACAGAGGACCUAGAGUACCACCACCUGCUGGACAAGGCCGUAAACUGCACCAGCUCGGUGGAGCAGAUGUGCCUGGUAGCCGCCUUUUCUGUGUCCUCCUACUCCACCACCGUACACCGCAUCGCCAAGCCCUUCAACCCUAUGCUGGGGGAGACCUUCGAGUUGGACCGCCUGGAGGACAUGGGCCUGCGUUCUCUCUGUGAGCAGGUGAGUCACCACCCCCCAUCUGCUGCCCACCAUGUGUUCUCUAAGCAUGGUUGGAGCCUCUGGCAGGAAAUCACCAUCGCCAGCAAGUUCCGGGGGAAAUACAUCUCCAUCAUGCCACUUGGUGCCAUCCACCUAGAAUUCCAGGCCAGUGGCAAUCACUAUGUGUGGAGGAAGAGUACCUCAACUGUACACAACAUCAUCGUGGGCAAGCUCUGGAUUGACCAGUCAGGGGACAUUGAGAUUGUGAACCACAAGACCAAGGACCGGUGCCAGCUAAAGUUCGUGCCCUACAGUUACUUCUCCAAAGAGGCGGCCCGAAAGGUGACCGGAGUGGUGAGUGACAGCCAGGGCAAGGCCCACUAUGUGCUGUCAGGCUCGUGGGACCAGCAGAUGGAAUGCUCGAAGAUCGUGCACAGCAGCCCCAGCAUCCCCAGCUCUGACGGGAAGCAGAAAACCGUGUACCAGACGCUGCCCGCCAAGCUGCUGUGGAGGAAAUACCCACUGCCGGAGAACGCGGAGAACAUGUACUAUUUCUCGGAGCUGGCCUUGACCCUCAACGAGCAGGAGGACGGCGUGGCGCCCACCGACAGCCGCCUGCGGCCCGACCAGAGACUGAUGGAGAAAGGACGCUGGGACGAGGCCAACACCGAGAAGCAGCGGCUGGAGGAGAAGCAGCGCCUGUCACGUCGACGGCGUCUGGAGACGUGCGCAGCGGGCUGCGGAGGCGAGGAUGAAAAGGAGUCAGAAUACUACGCACCCCUGUGGUUCGAGAAGAGGCUGGACCCGCUGACCGGGGAGAUGGCCUGCAUGUACAAGGGCGGCUACUGGGAAGCCAAGGAGAAGAAGGACUGGCACAUGUGCCCCAACAUCUUCUGAGCCACUCCUGCAGCAAAUACAGGCGCCUGCACAGCCCCCUCAGCCUUUUCUUUUUAAUGCACCAAAUUUAGUACUGAACACACACACACACACACACACACACACGCACGCACGCACGCACGCACACACACACACACGUACAUACACACACACAGCUUUUUUCCUAAACGGGAGCUCCCACCAGGUUAAGGGCUGACCUGGGUUUUCUCCAGCCCCCAGGUCGCCAGCCCGUUACAAUUGACUUGGGCCCCAUGGGCACCCUUGUUCCCAGUUACCACAACUCAGGCGGGCUGGCUGGGCUAUGGGCUGCUAAGGUCACUAACCCAACCCAGGGAGGAACUACCCCCUCCAAGGGAGCCCCUUUUGACUUUUUUAAGAAA